CGUGGUUGUUGUCAUAGGAUGGUUCUGGCACAAGAUCAUACAAGCGUUGGACCUGGGACCAGCUGCUUGUCCAUGGGUUUCUGAACUUCUAUUUUAUUUCCCGGAUUUCCGUCCAUCAACAUGAGACAGGUACAGAAAUCAUGGAAAAUUUUGAUGCACAAGGAGAAGGCUAGGAGUUGCGACUUUCAUCAUAGCAACAUCGUUUUCGGUCAUGGGCGUGGAUCGCUUGAGGCCGUGUACCUUAAAGCUGCUGGAAGCAUUCCAAAGGCACAGAAGUUCAAAAACUUUCACAAGAGGCCCAUUACAGCUAUCAAACUGUGUGCUAAAAAUGGGUCCUGCCAUCUCUGCACGUGCAGUGAGGAUAAUAUCAUCAUAUGGCUGAAAGGCAAAGAUGAUGAAUACGAGUUGAAGUUUGAGCUUCCGGGGACACCAUUUGGAGAACCUGUUUCUUUAUGUCGGUUUGAUCCAAUGGACUCAUGGCUUGCCUUGGUUUUGGGGCAUGAUGUUUACAUUGUUGAUUUGCAGCUCCGGAAGUUGUAUACAUAUCUCCAAGAACACAGUGGACCUGUGACAGAUGUAGCCUUCAUAGCAGCAGAUAUUGUUGUGACUGCCAGUGAAGACAGGACAUUUGUUAUUUGGGAUCUUGGGAACCUGGAAAUGAUUUAUGAGUCUCCUGCUUUGGGUGUACAUCCCCUGGUCAGUCUUGCUUAUGACACAAAACAUGGAAGAUUAGCAGUUGGGUGUGCUGGAGGAUAUAUUUACACCUUCAGUGUCCUCUUCAGAGACAAAGUCAUUGUUAGACCAAUCAUCACUCUUCAUGAGGAGAGACUGCGAAGAAGUUUUCUGGAAGGUAAAGCGGAUCAGAUCAGCUUGAAUAGUCUGGAAGGCAGUGAUGAAGAAACUGAGAAUCUCCUCAUAGAAUGCCGCAUUCUUGCCCUGACCUUCAGUGAUUUGCCCUACCUCAAAACCUCUGAAGUUCAAGAGUGUUGUAACAAAGAUAUUGCUGACUGCUCCCUUCUCAGUUAUUGGCAUUUACUGCUAGUAGUAUUGUUGCUGUUGGCAUUGACUCAACAGAGUGAUGAUGAAUACGAGUUGAAGUUUGAGCUUCCUGGGACACCAUUUGGAGAACCUGUUUCUCUAUGUCGGUUUGAUCCAAUGGACUCAUGGCUUGCCUUGGUUUUGGGGCAUGAUGUUUACAUUGUUGAUUUGCAGCUCCGGAAGUUGUAUACAUAUCUCCAAGAACACAGUGGACCUGUGACAGAUGUGGCCUUCAUAGCAGCAGAUAUUGUCGUGACUGCCAGUGAAGACAGGACAUUUGUUAUUUGGGAUCUUGGGAACCUGGAAAUGAUUUAUGAGUCUCCUGCUUUGGGUGUACAUCCUCUGGUCAGUCUUGCUUAUGACACAAAACAUGGGAGAUUAGCAGUUGGUUGUGCUGGAGGAUAUAUUUACACCUUCAGUGUCCUCUUCAGAGACAAAGUCAUUGUUAGACCAAUCAUCACUCUUCAUGAGGAGAGACUGCGAAGAAGUUUUCUGGAAGGUAAAGCGGAUCAGAUCAGCCUGAAUAGUCUGGAAGGCAGUGAUGAAGAAACUGAGAAUCUCCUCAUAGAAUGCCGCAUUCUUGCCCUGACCUUCAGUGAUUUGCCCUACCUCAAAACCUCAGAAGUUCAAGAGUGUUGUAACAAAGAUAUUGCUGACUGCUCCCUUCUCAGGGCUAUCCUAAAGCCUGCCCCUGCACUUGUGAUUGCAACAACAACAGGAAUCCUGAUUCUGGAGACAAAAUCUUGGCAGAUUCUCUCCUACAGUAACUACUUGGAAAUAUUCCAUAAUGAGGAGACAAAGGUGGCUUAUGCCUCGGAGGUGAAUCUGAAUUUGGUGGAGACUGGACGACUAGAUGUUAUGGUUCGAGAGAUGUUCACAGAUUCUCUCCACUUCCUGGAGUUCACCUGGGCCUGUGAAGGAGAGGCCCCAUCCAACUGUGUGUGUGAUACUUAUCAGAGUUCACCACUUUCACUUCUGUCUCAGCUGCCUGUGGAUGCCAAUUCCAUCCUGCUGCGAUCAAAGCAAAAGAAUGUAACUCCAAAAGAGAGCCCCACCCCCACCAGAAAUUCAUCCACUCCAACAAGCAGCAAGUCCAACCGUGGUCUCCCCUCUCCAUCAGGAUCAAGGUCCUUCCCUGUUGUAUUCAACAAGAAGAUCAAGUCCUCUGGUUAUAGAGAGGGACCCAGGCAUCACAAGAUGUUUCAGCCACAGAUCAACAUCAGACGCAGCAAAUCCUGUGAAUCUCAGUUGCCUUUCCCAGCCUUAUCCUCACCUGAUCAAAGUCCCUCAAAAGUAGGUGACCAUCGACCAAUAUGGAGAACACGUCCCAAGUACAUGACGAUGGAGAACAUACGUCGACCCAUGAUCCUUAAGUGUAUAGACCUCUCACCUCCUGAGAAGCCACAUGAACACAUCAAGAUUUCUGCUGCUCCGAUCCGCAUGUUACGUUUCUCAGGCAGUGGUAGGAAGCUGGUCGUGAGCACAGGGAAUCGAAUGGCUCACAUUGUGCAUCAUCCGCAAUCCCUGAAAUCAUCAUAUGUCAGCAGCCUGGUUCAGUUUGAUGGAGAAAUGACUAGUGUGGACAUGAACCUAGAUGACUCCCUCCUCCUCACUACGGGUAAAGAGGUGGGUGUUUCGCUCUGGAAUUGGAGGAAGCGGCAGACCAUGUUCGUCAUCAAGGACCUGGGCAUGGGGGGAAGUCGACCCACAGAUGUGACUGAUGCACGCUUCUUCUACAUGGACAAGAUCAUUCUUGCAGCUGUCAGGAGCACUCUUCAUGUCUUCUCAUUUGCUAUAAACACAAAUAUUGAUGAUAUCAGACGAGCUCUGCACUGCCUCACCCUGCAGCCAGGAUCCUCUCGAUAUGAAAUGCAUUCCGGCCUCCAUGAUCUCUUUCUCACCUCUGCUGUCUGUGAUGGAAUCAAGCUGUGGGACCUACGUUCCAGAGACUGCGUUUCCUGGUUCACCGCCCACGAAAAUCGGACCUGUCCAUCCCGGUGUGCCUUCAGCCCCUGUGGAACAUACUUGGCCUCUGGCUCUGAUCAUUCAAUGGUGUACCUAUAUGAUUUGAGGAAGCCUGGGANAGAGUUCACCACUUUCACUUCUGUCUCAGUGAGUGCCAGUCUGCUGCCUGUGGAUGCCAAUUCCAUCCUGCUGCGAUCAAAGCAAAAGAAUGUAACUCCAAAAGAGAGCCCCACCCCCACCAGAAAUUCAUCCACUCCAACAAGCAGCAAGUCCAACCGUGGUCUCCCCUCUCCAUCAGGAUCAAGGUCCUUCCCUGUUGUAUUCAACAAGAAGAUCAAGUCCUCUGGUUAUAGAGAGGGACCCAGGCAUCACAAGAUGUUUCAGCCACAGAUCAACAUCAGACGCAGCAAAUCCUGUGAAUCUCAGUUGCCUUUCCCAGCCUUAUCCUCACCUGAUCAAAGUCCCUCAAAAGUAGGUGACCAUCGACCAAUAUGGAGAACACGUCCCAAGUACAUGACGAUGGAGAACAUACGUCGACCCAUGAUCCUUAAGUGUAUAGACCUCUCACCUCCUGAGAAGCCACAUGAACACAUCAAGAUUUCUGCUGCUCCGAUCCGCAUGUUACGUUUCUCAGGCAGUGGUAGGAAGCUGGUCGUGAGCACAGGGAAUCGAAUGGCUCACAUUGUGCAUCAUCCGCAAUCCCUGAAAUCAUCAUAUGUCAGCAGCCUGGUUCAGUUUGAUGGAGAAAUGACUAGUGUGGACAUGAACCUAGAUGACUCCCUCCUCCUCACUACGGGUAAAGAGGUGGGUGUUUCGCUCUGGAAUUGGAGGAAGCGGCAGACCAUGUUCGUCAUCAAGGACCUGGGCAUGGGGGGAAGUCGACCCACAGAUGUGACUGAUGCACGCUUCUUCUACAUGGACAAGAUCAUUCUUGCAGCUGUCAGGAGCACUCUUCAUGUCUUCUCAUUUGCUAUAAACACAAAUAUUGAUGAUAUCAGACGAGCUCUGCACUGCCUCACCCUGCAGCCAGGAUCCUCUAGAUACGAAAUGCAUUCCGGCCUCCAUGAUCUCUUUCUCACCUCUGCUGUCUGUGAUGGAAUCAAGCUGUGGGACCUACGUUCCAGGGACUGCGUUUCCUGGUUCACUGCCCACGAAAAUCGGACCUGUCCGUCCCGGUGUGCCUUCAGCCCCUGUGGAACAUAUUUGGCUUCUGGCUCUGAUCAUUCAAUGGUGUACCUAUAUGAUUUGAGGAAGCCUGGGAGCUACAUGAAGAAGCUGAUUCAGAAGAGGAAUACUAUUGUAGAUGUUGGAUUCUCUCCCCUUGAUAGGAGUCUCUUUUCUGCCUCUCUCGACGGAACUCUCGCUCAUUAUUUCAUGGACUCACGCCGUCGAUUAUGACUACCAUUCUGAGGGGUUGUGUUCUGGAUGUACUGUUUAUAGUUGACCUUGCCUUUCCUUGAGAUGUUUCUGCUUCAGAUUAAUUGAGAAUUUCUAUGCAAGUGCAAACCUGUGCCUUCAUAUGGCCUUCAAUCUGCAGAUUAUUCAAAGACUUAUUUUAUUCUGCAGAAAUAUACUCUCCACUCCCUGUACUUUCUCAAGCCAGGAUAUUCCCCUCUUUUCCCUCAAGGGUGGACUAUCUUUUGUGGCAAAGACAGAAACUGCAUAUUAUUGAAAACUUUCAUUGUCUAUCAUAGUUUUCAAAAUGUUAUUGAAUAUGCUAGCAUCGCCAAAUGGGAUUAUGAGCAAUUAAGGACUGAGAAGGGGAGAUUUGAGCUACCAGCUUGAGGAAAUUCUUGGAGCAGAGAGUUUUUUCCCCUGAAAGAUGUUACUGAUUUGGGAUUAUCAGUCCUUUAUACAGGGUGUCCCAUAAGUCACUAUACCAUUUCAAACUGCGAUAAUAAAAUGCAAUGUUCCUUAGAAUUUUUUUUUCACAAUAAUGACUUGGAAUCAGACUCAAACAGGAAUCACUUCAAAAGUAAAUUAGAAAGGUGUAAUUCUUUAGGGCAAGUUAUGGUACAGUUUGUUGAAUUCUCUUAUACAAAAUUAAAAUUCCUAAACUUCUUGUUUUCCUCUCCUAAUUUUAGAGACUUCAGAAACUGAAAAAAAAAUCAUUUCGACUAAUUUGCCUUUGCUCUUAUGGGAAAAGGCUUCACAGUUGACGCUUGAGCAGCAAAGGAAAGUUGCCACCUGGAUGGAGGUCUUUGACAGUCUCAUCAGAGUUCAAAGGGAGUUUCAGCAAUUUUGGUGCUGAGCCUCAUGC